CCUCCCUUUACUCUCUCCACUUCAAAACAAAGAGCCAGAGGUGUCCUGGCUUUUAUCAUCACGAUACCCGCAGCCCCCGUCUACCGCCGCGCGCUGCUCGCUCACCACUCUACCCCCUUCCACCUGAGGACAGCGGCUACUGUAAUCUCUACCCGGCUGUUACAACUGUCCUCGACUACUGCAUACCCUCCUUCCAAAACCUACUCGCGACCCUUCACCAUGUCUGCCCCCGCCAAGAACGAGGCGCCCGCGCCGGUCGUCACCAUGGAGAAGACCGACAAGCGUGACUACCUCAUUACCCUCGAGAAGAGCGCGCAGGAGGCCUGGGCCAAAGACAAGAUCUUUGAGACCGAGCCCGCACCCCUCCCCGAGGGUGUCUCGUCGUACGCCGACUUCUUCGCCAAGGGCCUCUCCAUGGAGGAGGUCCAGGAGAAGCACCCCAAGUGGUUCGGCACCUUCCCGUACGCGUACAUGAACGGCUCGCUCCACCUUGGUCACGCUUUCACCAUCUCGAAGAUUGAGUUCGCUUCGGGCUUUGAGCGCAUGCGCGGAAAGCGCGUCCUUUUCCCCGUUGGCUACCAUGCCACUGGUAUGCCCAUCAAGGCCUCUGCCGACAAGCUCAUCCGUGAGAUGGAGAUGUUUGGAGAGGACUUUGCCAACUUCAAGGAGCCUACCGAGGAGCCGGAGCCUACCCCCGCACCCGCGGCCGGCAAGGCGGCUGCCUCCACCGACCCCGCAAAGGCGAAGAAAGGCAAGCUCAACGCCAAGUCGACUGGCCUGAGCUACCAGUUCCAGAUCAUGGAGCUCAUUGGUGUCCCCCGUGAGGAGAUCAAGCAGUUCGCCGAGCCCCACCACUGGCUCGAGUACUUCCCUCCUAUCGCCAAGGAGGACCUCUCGGCUCUCGGUGCCCGUGUCGACUGGCGCAGGCAGUUCCUCACCACCCCUGCCAACCUCUACUACGACUCGUUUGUCCGCUGGCAGAUGAACAAGCUCCACGACCAGGGCCGCAUCAAGUAUGGCAAGCGUUACACCAUCUACUCGCCCAAGGACGGCCAGCCCUGCAUGGACCACGACCGUCAGAGCGGUGAGGCCGUCAACCCUCAGGAGUACACUGCCGUCAAGAGCAAGCUCCUCGAGUGGGGACCCAACGCGCCCAAGGACAUCCAGCAGGCUGUCGGCGGCAAGACUGUCUACCUCGUCGCUGCCACCCUCCGUCCCGAGACCAUGUACGGCCAGACCAACAUGUUCGUCGGCACCAACCUCGACUACGGUCUCUACGAGGCCAACGACUCGGAGCUCUGGCUCGUCACCGACCGUGCUGCUCGCAACAUGGCCUUCCAGGGCAUCUUUGACAAGCCCGAGGGCGAGUACAAGAAGGUUGCCUCGCUCAAGGGCGACGAGGUUGUCGGCUCCAAGGUCGAGCCCGCGUUCGGUAUCGUCAAGGAGGUCUACGUCCUCCCCAUGGACGGUGUCCUUGCCACCAAGGGUACUGGUGUCGUCACCUCGGUUCCCUCCGACUCGCCUGACGACUACCGCACUCUCAUGGACCUCCGCAAGAAGGCUGAGCACUACAAGAUCCAGCCCGAGUGGGCCGCCGUUGACCCCAUCCCCGUCCUCUCUACUCCCAAGUACGGCGAGAUGUCGGCUCCUACCCUCGUCACUGAGCUCAAGAUUCAGUCGCAGAAGGACACCAAGCAGCUCGCCGAGGCCAAGGAGCUGGCCUACAAGGAGGGCUUCUACAACGGUGUCAUGACCAUUGGUGACUUCAAGGGCCUUACGGUCCAGGAGGCCAAGCCCAAGGUCCGCGACCAGAUGAUCGCCGCCAACGUCGCUGUUGCCUACGCCGAGCCCGAGAGCGAGGUCAUCUCGCGCUCCGCCGACGUGUGUGUUGUCGCCCUUGUCAACCAGUGGUACCUCGACUACGGAGAGGCCGAGUGGAAGGUCAAGGCCGAGCGCCUCCUUGAGCGCAUGAACACCUUUGUUGGUGAGACCCGCAACAACUUCAACGCCGUUCUCGACUGGCUCAACCAGUGGGCUUGCGCUCGUUCGUACGGUCUUGGCUCCAAGCUCCCCUGGGACCCCCAGUUCCUCGUCGAGUCGCUCUCCGACUCGACCAUCUACAUGUCGUACUACACUGUCGCCAACCUCCUCCACGAGGACCGUUGGGGCAAGGUCGGCCCCCUCGGCAUCACCCCCGAGGACAUGACCGACGCCAUGUGGGAGUACGUCCUCGCUGACGGCGAGUACCCCGCCGACUCCAAGGUCAGCCAGGAGAAGGCCGCCCACCUCAAGUACUCGUUCCAGUACUUCUACCCUCUCGACCUCCGUUCGUCGGGCAAGGACCUUAUCCCCAACCACCUUACCUUCUGGAUCUACAACCACGCUGCCAUCUUCCCCGAGAAGCACUGGCCUCGUGCUGUCCGUGCCAACGGUCACCUCAUGCUCAACGGCAAGAAGAUGUCCAAGUCGACCGGCAACUUCCUUACCAUGAAGGAGGCUACCGAGCGCUUCGGUUCGGACGCUGUCCGUCUCACCCUUGCUGACGCCGGUGACGACAUCACCGACGCCAACUUUGAGGAGACUGUCGCCAACGCUGCCAUUCUCCGUCUCCACACUGCCUCGCUCUGGGCCAAGGAGAUGAAGGAGACUGCCAGCCAGCUCCGCACUGGCGAGUUCAACGAGUUUGACCGUCAGUUCCAGACCGAGAUCGACGCUCUCGUUGAGAAGGCCUACGCCGCGUACGAGAAGAUGGAGUUCAAGGACGCCCUCAAGCUCGGCCUCUACGACUUUGAGAACGCCCGUAACUGGUACCGUCUCAUCUCGGAGCCCCACAACGGCGGCAAGGGCAUGCACCGCGACCUCGUCUUCUCGUGGAUCAAGAACAACGCCCUCCUCCUCACCCCCAUCACCCCCCACUUCUCCGAGGACAUUUGGCGCAACAUUCUCGGCGAGUCUGGCUCGGUCCAGAACGCUCCCUUCCCCAAGCCUUCCGCCCCUGUCGACCACGUCGUCCUCGAGGAGCUCGAGUACAUUCGUGCCGUCGUUGACAACCUCCGUGCCGCCGAGGCCCAGCUCUCGCGCAGGAAGGGCAAGGGCAAGGGUCCUGCUGUCGUCUUUGACCCCUCCAAGCCCAAGGCUGCCCGCAUCUACGUUGCCACCGAGUUCCCUGAGUGGCAGAACCAGUGUGUCGAGGUCGUCCAGACUGCAUGGGACGAGUCGACCCAGUCGCUCGACGAGGCCAAGAUGCGCCAGGCGCUCGCCGACGCCGGCCUGAGCAAGGACAAGAAGGCCAUGCCUUUCGUCCAGGUCUUCAAGAAGAAGGUCCAGACCCAGGGCAAGCGCGCCUUUGGCCGUUCGCUCCCCUUCUCCGAGAUUGACGCCCUCAAGUCGCUCGUCCCGUACAUCAAGGUGGCUCUCAAGUACACCGACGUGGAUGUUGUGUCUGUCGCCGACGCCAAGGCGCACAUUGCCGCCAACGGCGAGUCGGACGGCUGGGCUCUUGACAAGACCGAGGCAUCAGAGCCAGGAACACCUGCUGUUCAGUUCUGGAACGUCGAGGCUUGAGGGAUAGGAUGUGUUAUCUGUAGAAGCGCAGCAGCUGUGUGCGAGCGUGUCAUAUUAUUAGAGCGCAUGCACGGGGUGUAGGAUUGA